UUGUAGUCCGUGUUUCCGGGCUCUCCCAGGGCGUUAGCUCCCUUUUGAGCUCCCAGGGAGAAUGGAUCCCGGGGCAGACGCGGCGCCGCUUGUUGGCCUGGUCUGGUCGUUGGCCUCGGCCCCGCCACCGCCGGGUUUCAGCGCCAUCACCUGCACCGUGGAGGGCGCGUCCGCCAAUUUCGGCCGCGGCUUCGCGCAGAAGGCCGGCUAUUACCUGUGCCUGAGCACGCUGGGCAGCCCGGAGAACCCUCAAGACAAUGUGGUAGUGGACAUGCAGAUCGCGAUGGACAAGGGCCCUCUACCGUCAGGCUUCUCUACCGUCAACGACCCUCUGGAUAUCAAGGCCUCUGUGUCCAAGAAGAAACGCAUGUGUGUGAAGCUGUUGCCCCUGGGGGUUGCUGACACAGUCGUGUGUGAUGUGAAGCUGAGUGGGAAGACCAAGACAGUGCCGGGAUACCUGCGUGUGGGGGACAUGGGUGGUUUCGCCAUUUGGUGCAAGAAAUCCAAGGCUCCAAGGCCAGUGCCCAAGCCCCGAACUCUCAGCCAGGACAUGCGAGGCCUCUCACUGGACCCACCCAGAGAGCCCAGCAAAGGCAGCCACCCCGAGCGGACGCUGUCCAGGCUGGGCUCUCGGGCAUCCACUCUGAGGAGGAAUGACUCCAUCUAUGAGGCUUCCAGUCUCUAUGGCAUCUCAGCUAUGGAUGGGGUUCCCUUUACGCUGCACCCACGAUUUGAGGGCAAGAGCUGCGGGCCCUUGAACCUGUCUGCCUUCGGGGACCUGACGAUUAAGUCACUGGCAGACAUUGAGAAGGAGUAUAACUACGGCUUUGUGGUGGAGAAGACUGCAGCUGCGCGCCUGCCCCCCAGCGUCUCAUAGUCCCCGCUCAGGUGCCACCUGCUGGCCCCCGCCUCAGAGAUUGCUGAUUGACACCCAGCCUCUCGGCCUGCCUGCUUGAAGAUAGGGUCUCCUGCCUGAUGGCGUAGGGGCGGCCUGGACAGGGCAGGGCUGUGCCUUCCCUUCUCCUGUCAGGUCUCUGUCUAGAGGCUGUGCACGCACCAGCACUAAACCCUGCCUGCUACACAC